UCAGAGACCCAGAGAUUGACUGAAUAAGAGCUCCAGCAAAGAGUUUCCCUGUGGGACUGGCUUAACCUGGGAACCUGGGCUUAACCAGUGGAUCUUGACUAGAAUAAAGAUGAGUUCUGAAGGUUGUUCCAUAACAGAGAACAGCUCCUUGCAUCUGGAGAGAGGACAACAAAGUAACAUGUCCAGCCCUCAUUUUGCAAUACAUCACGAAGGAUCCCUUCAAGUUCCCAUCCCAUGUGCUGUGCUCACUGUGGUCAUCAUCGUCUCUUUAAUCAUAGCUCUCGUUGCUUUAUCAGAGGGCCAAUACAAUUGUCCGGGCCAGUAUAUGUCCUCAGUGCUAUCAAAUAGCUAUGUUUCUUCAUGCUCAGAUGACUGGAUUGGAUAUCAGAAGAAAUGCUACUUCAUUUCCAGUGUGAUGAAGAACUGGACCUUGGCCCAAAAUUUUUGCUCCAAACAUGGUGCUACUCUUGCUCUCAUUGAUUCUGAGAAGGACAUGACCUUUUUAAAACGGUAUGUGGGUAGAGCUGGACACUGGAUUGGACUGAAAAAUGAAGCUGGUCAGACAUGGAAAUGGUCAAAUGGCAAAGAAUUUAACAACUGGUUCAACCUUACAGGAUCAGAGAGCUGUGCAUCUCUGAAUAGCACAGAGGUCAGCAGUGCAGAAUGUGAAAAGGAUUUACACUGGAUAUGUAGCAAAUCCUACAAAUAAUGGAGAAUCAUUUGCUUAUAGACCGUUAUAUCGUGGAACUCAAGGAAAUUGGUGUCGAUGGGUGGCUGCUCUAUGGUCAGAAGUUUCCCAUUAAGCUUUGUGAAAAAACUUUGUAUUUACUUUGAAAACCUUCUUCCAAAAAGGACUAUGGAAAAAAGGGAGAAAAAUUCCAGGAAUUUCUGCAUUGAGGAAGACUCCUGCCAGGAGCUGGAAACAUCACAGGUUAACUGAUAUUAUGUCCAAGAAGGAGAAGAAGGACUUUACACCUUUGGGAUGCACUUUAUAUAUUUUUUUAAAUUCAGAAAUAAUAAAAUAACUAGGUUUAGAAUUAUUAUUUAUUGUUGAAUGACUGCCGACACUGAGUGUCCUUCAUGCAUUUGCACUAUUUGAAGGAAUUUGAUGGUGGUAUUAAAGACUGAAUGUGAUUAUAGGGAUCUUUAACUAGUAACACAGAUACUGAGGCUAAGUGCAUUUUUUUUUUAACUCAGAGAACAUUUACAAGUGAACAAAUGCUUAUGAAACUAAGCUUUGUAAUAUUUCUCUCUUUUUAGAGAAGUUCACCAAGUUGCUUGUCAUUUUUUUUUCUCUAAAAGAGUGGGAUGAUCAUCUAUUUAUGGGCUUUUUGUUUUUCUUCUUCUAUGUAGGCUCAUCUCCCUCAAAGGUACAUAACUCAUUGCCUUUAAAACUUUAUAUACAGCAUUUUACAGAGA